GGGCGGGGCGGGGAGCAGGGCCCGCAGCCGCCAGCCCGCGGCCGGAGCCGGGGCAGGGAGCCUUUGGGCCGCGCCGUCGGGGCUCCGAGAGGGCCCCCGGGCGCGGUCCCGGCGCGGCCAUGGACGUCUGGCCGUGGCUGAGCGCAGCGCUGCUGCUGCUGCUGCUGCUGGUGCAGUUGAGCCGCUCGGCCAAGUUCUACGCCAAGAUCGGCUUGUACUGCGCGCUCUGCUUCACGGUCUCCAUCGUGGCCGCGGCCACCUGCCUGCUGCGCCACGGCGGCCGAACGGUGGAGAACAUGAGCAUCAUCAGCUGGUUCGUCCGCUCCUUCAAGUACUUAUACGGCCUUCGCUUUGAGAUAAAGGGCCGCCAGCGGCUGGACGAGGACCGCUCGUGCGUCAUCAUCUCCAACCACCAGAGCAUCCUGGACAUGAUGGGCCUCAUGGAGGCCCUGCCCGAUCGCUGUGUGCAGAUCGCCAAGCGGGAGCUGCUUUUCCUGGGGCCCGUGGGCCUGAUCAUGUACCUGGGAGGCGUCAUAUUCAUCAACAGGCAGCGCUCCCAGACGGCCGUGAGCGCCUUGGCCGACGUGGGCGAGCGCAUGGUCAGGGAGAAGCUCAAAGUGUGGAUCUACCCCGAGGGCACACGGAAUGACAACGGGGACCUGCUGCCCUUCAAGAAAGGUGCCUUCUACCUGGCGAUCCAGGCCCAGGUGCCCAUCGUGCCCGUGGUGUACUCCAGCUUCUCCUCCUUCUACGACUCCAGGACGAAGCUCUUCACCUCAGGAACCAUCAAGGUGGAGGUGCUGGAUGCCGUCCCCACCCGCGGCCUCACUGUCGCCGACAUCCCCAGGCUCAUGGACACCUGCUACCAGGCCAUGAGGACCAGCUUCUUCAGCAUAUCCAAGACCCCCCAGGAGAACGGGGCCCCCGCAGGGCCCGCUGCCCAGCCAGCCCAGUAGUGGAGGCCGGGCGGGGGGCGCAGGACCUGGGAGACGAUGGACAGAGACCUCUGCCCACCUCAUGUCACUGAGUCCCUCGCUGUGGCUCCUCCUGCCUUUUUCACUCAGGGCCUGGAUGCGGGGACCCCUUCCGGUCCCCUCCUUGGGUCCAGGCCCCUGAUGUUCCUGCACAGGAGCCUGCAGAGCCUCCCAGGCGCCGUGUGGCAGCAGGCCUGAGCCCCAGAUGGCUGGCAGGGCUGGACU